AUUGUCUGCCAGCAAUAACAGUGGUGAGGAAUUAUAGAGCUAUCAGGCUGGUAUCAUACAAUGGCCUAUACACCUGGUCAAUACAAGGGAAUAAGAAAAUACUGAAAUGGCUUCAUACAAGGAUCACAUAAAGUUGCAUCUUUAAUAACUGAAUGGAUCCUUUAGAAGUGUUCCCACCAGAGAUUUGCUUGCGUAUCUUCGAGUUUCUUGGUCCUGAAGAUUUCUGCAGUUGUUUGGCUGUCAGUCACCAAUGGCGAAACUUAGCAAAUACAGAAUCAUAUUGGCAGCAUUUUUGCAACAAGCGCGGUUUGAUUCAGUCGAAUGAAGUCAAUGAAGCUGGUGAGAUGCCGCUUUGUCCUCAAGCUGCAACUUACAUUAGCUACAUGAACAGGCUGGUCAGAAAUUGGAAACAAUGCAGGUUCAAUAGCUUUCAGCUCCCAAAACAUGAUUGGUACUGUUGUAUAGCUGGUUGUAAUAGAAAUAUCGCCAUCUACUAUCCCCGCACAGCAAAUAUUCAUAUCUAUCACAUUUCAAAAACUGUAGACAUCGUAUGUGACAUUCAUGUAGGUUUACCUUAUGGAAUAUCCAUUCCAGAUGUGUUCAUUAAUGAAUAUUUUCUAAUUGUAUCAAAAGGUAAUGUAGUUCUUAUAUAUAAAAAUGACAAGGGAUAUUCUUUGUAUAAAGUAGUUGUCGGCAAUGAAUUCGGCUUAACAAUAGCAAGUCACAUAUUUCCAUAUGUCGAAACUGACAAGCGAUUAUAUGUGAAAGUUAUCAAUGAAAACACUCUCUGGGUGGAAUCUAAUACAGUUUAUGUAGUUGACAUAUUAUCAGAUACGUACAAAGCACUAAAUGAUACAUUUAGAUGCUUGAGAGUAGAUGGAAAAUAUAUCUAUGCGGCUAAUGAUGUUGUGACAUGUUAUAAUUUACAAGGUGAUAAAAAAUUUAGUCUUAACAUAAGGUACGUGGAAGAUAUGUGGGUAAAAGAUCAACUGCUAGUUGUUCUAAUAGGAGGCAAUAGUCAGUUACUUCACUUGUGGAAUUUAAAAAGUAAAUCUAUGAUAAAUAUAAUACAAGUUGAGAAAGACCCAUGUGUAUCCAUCAGCUCUGAAUUAGACAACCUCUAUGUAUUAGAAAUAAUCAACAAGUUGUAUGCAAUAACAUGUUACUCAACUCGAACAGGCUCUCUUGUCUGGCAACAUAAGCAACAGUAUGAAAGAGAUAUAUCCAUUCAUCCAGAAAUACGAAUUGUCUGUGAUAGAUUCAUAUUUGCUAGACCUUCUCAUACAUGUGAUACCAAUUUCAUACUACUGGAUUCUAAAUCUGGCAGAGUACUUUAUGAUAACAUAAUGCCUCCCUGCCUAUCACCGCCUUGUUAUAUUUAUCACUUGUCAGAUGAGUUUUUAAUCACAGCUGAAAGUGAUAAAGUUCAUAUAAGGAGAUAUGUAUAAAGAGAAUUAUUAAUUUAGCCAAUUUGUAAAUAAAAAAAUAUCUAGAUUUUAUACAGAUUUUAAUUAACUAGACAAUGUUUUUUUUUUAAUUAAUGAAAGAAUGGUUAUAAUAUAUUAUAUUAAACAUGAUAAAUAUAUAAAAAAUAAAGAGGGGUAGAUAAAAUUUACUCUUAACUUUAUUUUUUCCUACUUUCAGAUUUGGGUCACACAUUGUUGGUUCAUUGCUGUAUGAAGCUAAUAUUUUAAGUACAUGUUUGCCAAUUUUCAUAUCAGUUAUUGAUUGAUGGGAAGGCUCAUUGAGUGCUCUAAAAUAACAUUAACCCUUUUAUAUCACAAAAAUAGGCACAAUAAGUUUGUAUGUUUUUAUUUCACAGAUAGAAAAUUAACUUAAGUACUUAUUUAUUAAAUUUAAUAUUUUUCUAAAAUGUUUCUUAAUGACUUUUUGCAAUAAACCGACAAAAUCUUCCUUCGAACCUUCCUAUCCAACUCAUGUAAAAAAAAUUUGUCAUUUCCUUAGUGAGGAUUCAGGUUGUGUUUAUAAGAAAUCUGAGUCCUGAAAAAUGGAUUUUCACCUGUGAGAGUGUGGUACCUUAGAAGGAAAAUUAAAGAUGAUAUAACAUGCAUGUCAUAAUAAUUAAAUUAAACUAGGUAAAAUACUAAAAACAACAUGUAUAUCCAUUAACAAACAAUCAUUUCAAAAGGAAAAUAUAUAUACAAAUAUAUUAUGGUAUAUAUUUAUCAAUCUAUUCACCAAACCUUCUGUUGAUGUUUCACUAAAAUCUUUGUUCUUGAUCUAUCUUCUUAUUGCAUAAAUGUUUAUGCUAGAUCAAUUUUUCAAUUUCUAUUAAUUAAAUGAAGGAAUGCAAUUGGUAUAUACAAUUAGAUCUGACAUCCAAAAGUUUAUAGAUUAAGUACUUGAUUGUUUGCAAAAUAAUUUCAUAUUAUAAUUGAGGAAUUCAUAAAGGUCAAAAAAUUGCAACAAAUUAAACUUGAUAAAUUAAAAUCUGCAUAAAAACUUAAUACAAAUCAGUUAUUCAAACAUUUAGUUAACUUUAAUGAAAAGUUUUGGUGUUUUUCAUUUACCCAAUGUGUUCGUUUUCUGUUACCCAGUAAAUUAUUGAAGAUUUACUGAGUAUU